AAAAAUGAAAAGAAAAUAAUUAAAAAAAGAAAAAGAAAAAACAUUUCUUGUCAAGAAAGAAAAAGAGGGAGUGAGUGUUCUUCCAAAUGCAAAUAAACCCAAGAAAGCAGCUCAGAGCUUAAGCAACUCCUUCUGCAAUCAAAGUUCCAAUCUUUCUUCUUUCUUCACGACCAAAAUGGCCAGAUACGAUAGAGCCAUUACCGUUUUCUCACCGGACGGUCAUCUCUUCCAAGUAGAAUACGCUCUCGAGGCCGUCCGUAAGGGCAACGCCGCCGUCGGUGUUCGCGGUUCCGACACCAUCGUCCUCGGCGUGGAGAAAAAAUCCACCCCCAAGCUCCAAGAUUCCAGAUCGGUUCGGAAAAUUGUGAAUCUCGAUGAUCAUAUUGCACUUGCUUGUGCUGGACUCAAAGCAGAUGCACGAGUUCUGAUAAACAGGGCUCGUGUUGAAUGUCAAAGCCAUAGGCUUACAGUUGAGGAUCCAGUGACUGUUGAAUACAUAACGCGGUACAUUGCAGGGCUUCAGCAGAAGUACACACAGAGUGGUGGAGUGAGGCCAUUUGGGCUUUCCACUUUGAUUAUUGGCUUUGAUCCUUACACUGGUACUCCAUCGUUGUACCAGACAGAUCCUUCUGGGACUUUUUCUUCUUGGAAAGCAAAUGCAACGGGUAGAAAUUCAAAUUCUAUUAGAGAAUUUCUUGAGAAGAAUUAUAAAGAGACUUCUGGGCAAGAAACUGUGAAGCUUGCUAUCCGUGCAUUGCUUGAGGUUGUUGAGAGUGGAGGAAAGAACAUAGAGGUUGCUGUGAUGACAAAGGAACAUGGUUUGAAACAAUUAGAUGAGGCUGAAAUAGAUGCAAUUGUUGCGGAGAUUGAAGCAGAAAAAGCAGCAGCAGAGGCUGCAAAGAAGGCCCCAGCCCCAGCCCCGCCAAAGGAAACAUGAUCAUUUAUCUCUUGUAGUCCCUGAUCAUUUGUCGUUAAGUUUAUGUUUUUGCAAUGCGCUUAAACGUCGAACCAAGAAAUGCUAUCAUGGAGUUAUUGUUCCUGCUUUAAGGAUCUCACUCACCAUUGAAGCAUAGCAGUGUCAAGGUACAUCAAAUUGAGUUUUACUGAUACAGUGAUAUGCUAUAAAUUAACUAUGUUUUUAGGAACCUGAGGACUUGUAAAAGUUUGAGUUUUAUUUGAUCGAAUCUUCCUUGAAGUUCCCAUGGAAAUUGGAGAAUGAAUACAAGCAAAAACAAGGCCAAUUUGACAAA